CGGCGUUGAAGACAGCUAGCUAACUCUGCUGCCUAUGGAAAAACACUUAAGGUCAUGAAACAAGAAACGUGGGUACCAGAAAAUAGUUUCAUGUACACGGGAGUGUCUCGAGGCUAUGCCACGAUAUAGAGUUUUAUAUUAUUCUUUACAUAAGCUAACGUUAUUGCAUUACGCAGGUGGUUUUAAGGUUUCGGUAGUAACCUUUAGCAUUUGGUAAUUGAAAGCCAUGAGCCCUGCCUCAAGUCAGGGCACCACAGCCCUUCCGAUCUCUCCCGAAAAUGGGAGGUCGGCCACAGUUACAGAAUCUUUUCUGCGUCUUCUGAGCCAUGUAAAAGUCGAAAACCUGGUAGCUGGAUUAAGUGGGGGAGUCGUGUCAACCAUGAUACUUCAUCCUCUUGAUCUGGUCAAGAUAAGAUUCGCAGUAAGUGAUGGCCUUCAGGUAAGGCCUAAAUACAAUGGCAUAGUGAGCUGCAUGAAGAGUGUCUGGCAUCAGGAGGGUCUCCGUGGUCUCUACCAAGGCGUGACACCCAACAUCUGGGGAGCCGGCGCGUCGUGGGGCCUGUACUUCUUCUUUUACAACGCAAUCAAAGCGUACGCCAAAGAAGGUCGCGAGAGCGAGCUGAGUGCCACAGAACACAUGCUCUCUGCAGCGCAGGCAGGUAUGUUGACGCUGUGCUUAACCAACCCUAUCUGGGUCACAAAGACCCAACUAGUUCUUCAGUACAGCGCCGAUCGCAGCAGAAAGCAGUACAAGGGCAUGGUGGACGCGCUCGUCAAAAUCUACAAGCAUGAGGGAAUUCCUGGGCUGUACAGGGGAUUUGUACCAGGGCUGUUCGGUACAUCCCAUGGUGCAUUUCAGUUUAUGGCCUAUGAAGAGCUAAAGAGGGAUUACAACAAGUACAGAAAUAAGACAUCUGACGCAAAAUUGGAUCCACUGGAAUACAUUGCCAUGGCAGCGCUAUCCAAAAUAUUUGCAGUUGCCACGACAUACCCGUAUCAGGUAGUCCGAGCUCGUUUACAAGACCAGCACAACAAAUACCACGGGAUGAUCGAUGUCGUCAGGAGGACCUGGAGAAACGAAGGGCCGGUCGGCUUCUACAAAGGGAUGGUGGCCAACCUGAUCCGCGUCACGCCUGCCUGCUGCAUCACCUUCGUGGUGUACGAGAACGUUUCGCGCUUCCUCCUGGGCACGAAGCAGUGAGCCGUGUUUGGCAUGGCGGUGGCGGUGGCAGUGGCACGGAAUUGUCCGGAGGCCCAGCUGGUCCUGACCCCCUCCCUCCCCCCCCCUCUCCCUCCCCAGCGUGGCGCUGGGGAACCACUGAAGCUGUGCCACUGUGCCCCUGGACAGGACGUGUGAGGUGGCUCUGACGGGCAGCCAGUCAGCGUGUGUGUUUGUUGUGCGUGUAGCUCACAGAGAUCCCGUAGGAGUUUGGAGACGGCGAACAAAACGGCUGACAUAUAUAACCCAAAUCACACUGCGCUAAAAUAAGACUGGGGGCAGGUCUACGGAUGUCCAGCGGCGAACAACGGACAAGCAAAACUGGGCCGCUCUUAACACGCACAACGUGUCUGUACAGUAGGUUGGACAGAUGCAUAGAAAGUCUCUGUGUCAGCCUGUGUGUGUGUGUGUGUGUCUGUCUGUGUGAGCAUGGUUGUGUGUGUUUUGUGUGUGUGCGUGAGUGUGUGUGUGUGUGAGAGAGGGGGUGAGUGGGUUGCGGUGUCAGUGCAUGCUGUGUCUGCAGCCCUGACAGGAGGAACUGAUGAUCUUAUGUGACUAGCUAACAGGGGGCAGCAUGGUGACAUAUCAAAGCAACGGCGCAAGGCAGCUGUUUCGCCGGGGCGCCUAAUGGAUUUUUCGGCAACCGAAAAUCAUUUCGUGUCAUAUUAAAAAUGUAUGGACAUGGCUACCAGUGUAAUAUUAAUAUUUCUUGGCAUAUCUGGCAAGUGGCUCCGAAAAAGUGGAAUGCACUGAGAAAAACACAGAUUCCGAAAAGGAGUUCUGCUAUAUUAAAUAAGACUACUGAAACCACUACAUCUCUAGUUUGCCGUCUGCCAGACAACACCCUCUGGUAUAGUUCAUGCUUGAGGCAUAUGAAAGACGUUUACAUGGAAGCAACAUGCCAGUUUUUUGCAUGCACCACAGCAUUGACCAUUGUACUGUGCACCUCAAACUUGAAGUGGAAUAAAGACCAACGCCCAGUGGCGACGGCAUUGGCGUCUAUUGAUUUGACACACAAGAGAGUGAACGGUUGUCCAAACGUUGCUGCGGAGGCGAGUCAGACGCCGCCAGUGGGAUUCGCUCCGUUAAAAGUAAUGGAGUUCUAAAGCUUUGGUGCCACUUGGCGCGCGUCAGACGUUGCCAGUGGGUGUUGGCCUUAAUUGUGCCCUGAUGUGCAGUGGAAGGAAAUAUAAACAAUUUAAAAAGCCUUGAAAUGCAGACUGUAAACAGUUGAAACGACCACCUAAAUUAGCAGCUUUAUAUACUUGGAAUCAGUCUUGAAAUCAUCUCAGUCUCUGAACUCUGUACGAAAAAAAAGGCAAAUGCAUGACCACAGAGGCUGUGAACACCAAAUUUU